AUGUCCGUACGUCGUAGCCCAAGGAAUAGCCACGUUGUUGCUACUGUUGCAAAGCAAGAAGCAUCCCCAAUCACAACACAAGCCAAGCGCUCCUUCAAGCACGAUCCAGACAGCAAACCACUCGCAGCCAUCAAAAAGACAAAGUUGGAAGUGGUCAAAAAGGAGGAAGCGCUGGAGCCAGAUAGAUCCCUCUUACACAGAUCAGAUACUAAACAACCGCCUGCCAAUUGGAACAUCGUAUACGAUUUGCUAGAGGCAUUGCGAGAGAAGGAAAAGGCGCCUGUGGAUACCAUGGGCUGCGAGAGAUUGGCUGAUGCAGCUGCCACACCCAUCAUACAGAGAUUUCAAACACUGGUGGCACUUAUGCUAUCAUCACAAACCAAGGAUACCGUGACAAGUGUAGUUGUGCGAAAGAUGCAACAGAAGCUACCAGGAGGGCUCUGUCUACAAGACAUUUUGGACAUUGAUGAGGCGGCUCUCGACAAAAUGAUUGCAGCUAUCGGAUUCCACACAAAGAAAGCCGCCUAUCUGAAACGCACUGCAGAGAUUUUGAGAGAUCAGUACAAUGGCGAUAUUCCAGACACUAUCGAAGGAUUGACCUCGUUGCCCGGUGUGGGGCCCAAGAUGGGUUAUUUGACAUUGCAGGUAGCUUGGAACAAGAAUCUAGGUAUCGGCGUAGACGUGCAUGUCCAUAGAAUCUGUAAUCGACUGGGUUGGGUCAAGACAAAGACGCCUGAAGAGACCAGACUGGAUCUUCAAUCUUGGCUACCCAAGGACAAGUGGAGAAAGAUCAAUCCCAUCAUGGUGGGCUAUGGGCAGAUUGUGUGCUUACCGAGAGGCCCUAGAUGUGAUGUGUGUCCUGUGAAUCAGUAUUGUCCAUCAUCCGAGCUAAAAAAGAUUGUCAAAAAGGUCAAAAAGGUCGAAUCAGUCUACUUUAAAAAGGAGAAGGAAGAGGGGGAGGAUUUCUAA